CGGAGGGGGCUUAAUAUUGCACAGACUCAAGUGCAGGUCUCCACACUUCCCCGCUACAGUGGGUCCAGCGGCUGACCACCCUUUUCCAGUCCUCAGGGAGCGUUUCACUGAACAGCGUCACCAUGCCUAAAGUCAUUGUGCCAGGUGAGUAUGGGCAGAAUGACUCUGGGUUUGCACCUGCAACAUGUCCAAAAAAGAAAGGUUCUGAUAGGACUUUUGGGGGUUAUCUUACAUGAUUGUACAGACACACUGUGUGAGGCUUUUACCAUAUGAGCACUCAAAAAUAAUACAAAUACAAAAUCUUCAUUGUUGUGAAUCUUGGCCAAUACAUGCAGAAGAACUUCCUGACAAAUGUUUCGACAAACUUCUUUUUUUCUGCUUCUUGAGAGGUAUAAAACCUGUUUGAAUGGAUUUAUCUUUACACGGGUCACACCCCUCACUGCGUGCAAUAUCAACAACUGUUGAGGUUAUAAAUUCCCUCCUGUAUACCAAUAAUACAUGCUCUAGGCACUUGAGUGGUUGGUAAUGACAGCUUCAAUGAUAGGUUCAUUGCAGUUGAGUGCAUUUAGUUCUUAUAUAAAGUCCAUCCUGACUAAUAUAUAGAAUAUCAAAGAGUUAUCCUCGGAUAAUCAAGCAAACAAAAAUCUAUCAUUUAUCAAAAUAGCAGAUUGAAACCUCUACAUAACUGUCUGGUUUUACAGUCAGAUGAGAGAGUUAGCCCUGGCUCAAAAAAGUCAAGUGAGGAUGUUUAAUGGAUUGGAUUUGUCGGCAGAUAAUCAGCAUGCAUGCAUCAUUAGCUUGCACACUUUGUACCUCAGGUAGCAGCUCUUUUUGUGGUCCUUGCUGCAGAACAUCCCCAGUAUUACUGUGACUUAAACAUUGUUGUAAUGGUUGCUAAUUUUAGUUUUACCUCCGCCAGUCACCAGACAAAUGGCGAGUAUGAGGUCAUGUUUUGCUGCAAGAGUUUUUCAGGGGGUGAAAAAUAGAAGUGCAACGAUUUAACAGCUGCUGUUGGAGGAGUUUCAUUUAAGGCUGAAUGGGUUUGGUUGAUUUAAGAGGCGAUGUAGGACAACGUGUCAGAGACUGUUUGCACUUGUUGUGAAAUUUUUGCAGAGAUUUCAUACCUGUGUUAUCCAAGCAGUCAUGCUAACAGGUUUUGGGAGCAGCAGGAGCUGGCAUGAAGAAUAUGGGGAUAAUUCAAUUUACAAAGCUCCUGUUUGAGAGGGCAAAAGUAUCAAAACGCACAAAAUUACAAAACUAGUAGGAUUGUAAUGAGACAACAUGCAGUCUCCACAUAUAAUCCUAACAAGUAAUGACUCAGCAGCUCAUUUGCUUCUUUGUAAUUGUUGCUUUCAUAUAUAACACACUUGUUUGUUUUCCUCUAACCUGGACCAUCCCACCCUGACUGUGACUUUUUACUUACCCAACAGAGGGAGGAAGUAAGUAUAGAACUGAGAGGCUACACAAGGAGCUUGAGGAGGAUGUGAAGCAUUUUUCAAAUGCAUGAUUUAAAUUCAUGUCAAAAGUUCUUUCUUCACAGUGCAUUUGAAAAUGUUGCAGUAUGGAUCUUUGUCAAUCCAAAACAGUGGAUCUUUGUGUGCAACCACAUGUCCAGAAAGGACACUAUGUAAAAUGUUAAUAAAAACAGAAUUUGAUGGUCUGCAAAUGAAAUGAUUUAGGGACAUAAUAGUAAAUGAUGAAACUAAAAAACACUGCAUCAACAAUUGGUAUGUUGUCUUUGCAGACUUAAAUAUUCAAACUCUGUUUCUACUGACAUUUAACACAGCAACUUUUCUAGGAUCAGGGUUGUACGUGGACAGCAUUGAUUAAUCUAGCUCAAAUUCAGUUUUGAAUUUUUGCUACAUAAUGCUGUGUUUGUAUCAAAAAAAGAGCAUGACUGUCCGAAACAGAACUGAAAGUGAACUUUUACAUUAAUAAAUAGUUUUUUAUGGGUUAUUCAAUGCUUUUCCACCAUGGGAAUAUUCAUUUGUAUACAACACAGCAUAUAGAGUCUAGAGUCGACCGACUUUCAGACUUCAACCAUCAAAGGAAUGCAAAGAAGAUGAAGGAAAUGCAUCUCUCCAACCAACAUGUCCAAGUGGGGCCCAAAACAGCAGAGCCUGAUCUGGCUAAUACCCAACCAACCCCUUUGUUCGCUGAAUAGUCUGCCCAUUUCUGGCCCAUGUAAGAACCAACACCAAACUACAUAGGAGCCCACUAAAGCAAAAACCCAAAUUGAAGUCACAAGAGGCUCAUUUGAGCCUCACUUGGAAGUGCUGGUUGGGCUUGCAUACAUAGGGAUGGUCGCAGUACAAAAACAGAAUCGUACCACUUGAGUGUUGUCCAUAUUUGAUUCAAAAACUGGGACCAGAAUCAUCUCUGCAUGUGUCAUGAAGAUGCUACCACUAAGUCUUUGUCAUGCUUCAGUGGUCUGAUUUAUUUCAGUGUUACUGUCAGUUCAUAUGAGUUAUGUCUGAAAUUCAUCUCUCAUCCUUCCAUGUAAUGUAAUCUCAAUCCAUUUUAUCCAUUCAUGAUGAGCUGUAUGAGCUUAUUCAUUUUUGCACAUCUCUUUAUCAUAUGUUCAGCAUCUGUCAUUGCAUGUAGUGUAUAUCAGUGCAUAUUUAAAGAUUUUCUGUUCGUGAAGUGGUCAAUUCUGGGGUUGACAUGAUACAAGAAUAUUAAACUUUGAUUUGGUAUAUCAUAUCGAUACCUUGAUCCUGGGCGUUCACAACCGGGAGUCUUUUACUGUUUUUUUUAAACCACGUUGCAAACAGCGCUGGUUCAGUUAAAAUGAUUAAACAGAGACUUAUACCUGACCUGCUUAUAAUAAUGUCUUAUUUUCUGUUUCACAACCUUGAUUUUAUUAGCAGUGCUCGCUCUCUUCACUUAGUCUCUUUGUAACUUGACCACCUUACUUGCAGCAGCUUUGGGUUGAAAAUAUAAUUGUAUUUCUGUCUUUUUCAUUAGCUUCUGUUCUUUAAAAUAACAUUUAAUGUAAGGUUACAGCAGAUUGUAUUGUAUUAAAGCUUGUGGCAUUGGAAGAAUAUCAAAGUCUUGAAAAUGUUGUUCCCAAAAUGCCAAGUAUGCAUAAGUGGGAGGAAAUUGUAUGUUGUCUCCAUGUAUAGCACCUUUCUAACCAACUCUUUUCUAACAAUCUCUUUUUUGGCUUUUUUAUUCUGGAUGGUGUUCUUUACUCUACGGGCAUAAUCAGGUCAAGAGAGUAAGUAUGGAGGGUGUAUCUAAAAUGGCUUCAGUCUUGCAGUAGUCCAUUGAGGAAUUUGUCUUUGAGCAGAGAGCCUGGACUCUUGGCUAGUGCGUGCAUGUAACAUGGAGAGGAUAAUCAGGGUACUUCGCUCCAGCAGGCAUAAUGUCAUUGUUGCUUGUGAAACUUGAAUGCCAUCAGAGGUUAUGUUGUCUAAGGAGAGGACUGAUCCAAAAAUUCAGUCACUUCAUUCACUCUCGACCCAGUUUUUCUGUCAUUUCUUUCCACAUAUUAACAUCUUCUAAUAGAAAUCUUUGACUAACUGGCUGCAAAUAAUAAAACGAUGCAAAAUGAAAAGAGAAAGAUGGUAGAAAAACCUGGGUUUGGAGUUCAAAUGAUUCGUUAAAUAAUGGCUUUACCAUCUUGUGUCCACAUGAGUCGACUGUGUCUGUCUGUUCCUCUGUAUGCAUGGGACGUUAUGUCUGCAGCCCGAACUGGAGGUCAGACUUGCAGGCUUACAGUGUCAAUCUUUGGUCUUGUAAACAACGCAUGUGCUGGAGUCUGUAGCCACCAGGUUUGGUAAGGUGUGUGCCUUUUUUUUACAAUAUAGCUAUUGGGUGUUAUGUGCAUAAUUUGUUCAUAUUUACUCCCUCAUUCAUUUUCAUGCAGCUUGGAUUAGAUAUCAAAUUUUUCUGUUUGAAGCUCACCAUGUAGCCUAAGUGCAUGAUAUGAUGGAGGCAGACUGCUUGUUUUAGUCAUAAAAAAAAUACAUUUUAUGGGUUUGACAGAGACCGAUGACAAGAUGCGAGCCUUCGCGGAGAGGGUCUUUGCCUCUGAGACCAAAGACGAGAACAUCCGUGAUGAGAUCUCCAUGUUUGAUGUGGCUGAGGACUGUCCCAUCCUUCACAAUGAGAUGGCUCAUCAUCUGCAUCAUGAUGAUAACUCUGAGAAACGGUGAGAUGGAAGACAAUGUGUUAUCACUAAGUAAAAAAAACAUCAUUUCGUUUGACAUCUUAACUUUUCAAGAUCAUGCAUGUUACAAAUUACAGAAGAGCACACUUGUUCACAGUUUUGUCAGCUGAAUCAGGUUUGGCUCUUCAAUAUUUUCACAUUGCUCUAAUAAAAUUGUUUUAUGCCUGUUAUCUCAGAAUCAGCCCAUAGUUUUAUCUCCAAAUCAGCAAAAUCACGCUGCACUUAUUUACAUCCUGCUAGUAGAGCUUUAACACUUGACAUAACUUUACCUCUAUCCAUUGUCAUCCACAGUAAGAAGCGCUCCCGCACAAUGGCUGUACCUGUAGUCGCUGCCAAGGCAGCCGCCGCCCCUGUAGUGUCAGUGGAAGUGGACACUCCCCUCUACCUGGAAGUGCCUGAUUUCCAGAGGGUGGCCAUCAUUGGGGACUACGCCGCCGGGGUAUUAACAAAUACAGAUUAUCUGAUCAUUGUACUGUGAUUAAUGAAAGUGGAAAGAGCUUUAAAUCUCUCUUACUUCCUUAAAAAGUUACAUUUAUAGAUUACUUUCUUUUUUACACAGUUACUUUGGGCUGUAUAUGAAAUCAAAUUUCUAAGUCAGAUCGACUUUAAGUAAUACAUGUAAAAUGUGCUUAUUUGCUUAUUAGCUAAAGGAGGUUAGGUAGCUGGGUUUCCGUCUGAAGUUAACAGACUCAAGGCUUUCUACAAAAAACACAUUAAGCCUCUUCUUUAUAUACUCCACUGCUCCACUCAGUAGACUCAAAUGGACUCUAUUAACUAUAGAUUACAUAACACACUGUAUACUCCGUAGUAUCAUAUGAUAUUAUGUAAGAGCUGUUAAUUUUGGACACAUAUGUUGCCUUAUUGACGUACAGUAUGAUCUCUUACUGACCGGUAAUAGAUGCAGUUUCUCCUUCUCUGUGACUGUAUGUUAGACACAAAUGAUAAACUAGAGUCGAGCUGACCUGGAAACAAGAGUGUUGACUUUGAAUUUCACUGACACCAUAUGUCUGUGGGUCAGUGCCCUCUCUGCCUCCCCCCACUAACAGAUUCCCUUGAAUGGAGCUCAUCUGAGAGCAGGCGCAGGUUUAGGUUUCAUGACUCAGGGUCUGACAUUUACAGAGAGGAGAACACCUCUGUGGAGCUUUGUUAUUUUUGUCUUUGCUAACAACAACAAGCAAACGUGAUUUUAGUUUAGCUGACUACAUCAUAUCUUCUAUGGUGUAACAGUAAAUGGAUCAGGACAAAGGAAAACAAACACAAAAACAAACAAAAAAAACAGCUCCUUUCCCAGAACCCCAAAUAUGAGUGUGUUUCUUAAAAGCAGCACUCAACUUUAAUGUCAGUGAAUGUAACACAUGCUUUAAAGCUGCAAAAACUAAAAAUAACAGCAAGAUUUGACAACAUAAAAAAGCCUUUUUUCUAAUGUCAAUGUUUGAGUCGUAUUUCAAGCAAAGCUAGUGACCUUUGACCUGUUUAUUGUUACUGUGAAAAACAGAUAAAAGAUAUUUUAGACUUAAAACUUAAUAUUUAUAAUCAUUUCAACUUGAAAAUGCAUGAUUUAGUUUUUAACAAUUAUAUUUAGCGUUUAACGGAUUUCUUUUGAAUGUUUGGAUUUAAAUGCAGUAUUUAGAUUAACUGUUGAAAUUAAUAUUUAACAUGAUUUGGUGUUAACUGAUUUUAUUUAUUGCAUGGACAUAAAAUUCAAUAUUUGGAAUUAACAUAUACUCUUAACAUUUCGUUAUCAAUGUCUAGUUGAGAUUUUACAUUCAACAUCAAUUUUAUCACAUUCACAUUAACUUUGAGACUUUACUUUUACAUAAGCCAUACAACAUAUGUAAAUUAAAAGUUAUUAGUCAGAUUUAACAUUGAGAUUUAUGUUUUACAUUUAGAUGUAGCUUUUUACUGAUGAGCAUUGAUUGAUAGAUUAAAAGUUUAAUAUUCAGAAUUAAACCUAAAAAUAAACAUGACAAAAUAGAAGUUGUCACUCUUGUUGUUGGUGGCCUCAUUUGCUUUUGCAUAUCACAGAUAGAUGGAACACAAUUCAUUUCAGCCUUUUUCAUAACCUUAAAAAACUCCAUAAUGAAUUUAUCCAUGAUAAAAUGUAAGGCUACGGUUUGUACAUGCUUUUGACCCUGAACUCAGAAAUAUCUGCUGUAUUUUCUCUUCAGGUGACCAUGGAUGACUUUGAGCUGUCCUGUAGGGGUCUGUACCGGGCCUUGACCAUCAGGGAGAAGUACAUGAAGUUGGCUUUCCAGCGUUUCCCACGAACAGCCUCCCAGUUCCUGCGUGAGAUCGAGGGGGAGACCUUCAAACCUGAAGAUCAGGUGCAGCCAGGUGAGGAGCAACGCAUUAAUUCUGAUCAAUAAAUACGUUUUUGCUAUAUGUUUUUUGUAACACUUGGUACCCCAAAUGUUUAAUUCGUAUGUUACUUCCACCCAUCAGUCUUCACAUCCCCUCCUCAAAAUGGGGAAGACCCCUUUGAUACCCAAGACCUGCCUGAAGAUCUGGGCUAUGUGGCUCGUAUGAAGGAUGGUGUGGUCUAUGUGUACAGUGAUGCUGCAGCUGCAGACAAACAUCAGCCCAAAGACCUGCCCUGUCCUGACUACGACACCUUCAUCGAUGACAUGAACUUCCUCAUUGCCCUCAUUGCACAGGGCCCAACGUGAGUGCGGCGAGUAUCCAUGAACCAAAUCAAUCACACAGCUUUGUUUAUCCUAUACAGUGAUAUUAGUUUGGAGCAAUUUGUAGAAAACAUAAGAAGAUUUAAAAAAUGUCAUGUUGGUGGUUGAUAAAUGAUACAAAGAUAGACUAUUCUGUUUCAAACCAAAGUAAUGGUCUGGGAACUGCAAUAUUACAGCUUUCUUUGUUGUAUUUUAAAUCUAUUUCUCAUUUUUAUGUGACAAAAAUGCAUUUCUAUACCUGCAAACACUUGUAAAACAUGCCUUUCAAAGUAAAGCUCAUGUGUUGGUGCGCUUCUCUUGAUUCGCAGUAAGACCUAUACUCACCGCCGUCUGAAGUUCAUCAUGUCCAAGUUCAACGUGCAUGAGAUGCUGAAUGAGAUGGAGGAGAUGAAGGAGCUGAAGAUAAACCCUCACAGGGACUUCUACAACUGCAGGAAGGUAGAAAACCUGGACAGCGCUUUGACAGGAUCCAUCAGAUAAAACGUUCCUUACUGGAACUUCAAGUUUUAGUAGUUAUGUGUUCCUCCACCCUUGUCUUGGCUUUCCUCAAUUUGACUGAUUGUGUUGAUCUAUAAGCUUUCCAUAAAUAUUGCAAUGUUACAGUGAUACUCUACGGUCACAAUUAUCUUGCGUUGAAAAUCUGAUAUCGUUACAGCCCUAAUACAUGUAAACACAAUAUGUAUUUACCAACACACGUGCAUUCAUAUCAAGUAUCUGUAAGCAUGAGUACAGUUUCAUUUGAGAACAUGAUUUAAUCCCCUAAAAGUGAGGUUAAGGGAAGUUAAAGACAGAGCAAAAUAACAAGUGGAGAAAUAAGAAAGAGCCCAAAGCAAAAAAAUAGAGUGAUGUGAGGUCUUUGUACAGCUGUUAUAUCACCAGCACCUAUGUUCAUGUCGUACUUUCUUCUUCUAGGUCUUUAAUCAGUCAGUUUAAGAACGGAGGGAGUUUGUCCUUCCCAUAGACUGUAUAUAGAAUAUACAUAACAUACACAAUAUACAUACUAUAGUAUAUACAGUCUAUGGUCCUCCUGUUUAAACAGAAUAAGUCGUCUAGAGUUACAUGCAAUUCAUUACGCACAUCCUUUUUUUCUGUUAUUAACCUGAUGUACUGCACCUCAUGUGUAUCACCAGCUCCCUCUGGUGAUGAAGCUCAGUUAAAACAUCUGUGGAACCCUCUCGCUCACAACAUCCUCCUGCCUUCCCCAGGUGGACACCCACAUCCACGCUGCCGCCUGCAUGAACCAGAAACAUCUUCUGCGCUUCAUCAAGAAGUCUUACAGGGAUGAUGCUGAACGCGUUGUGCACAAGCUGCAGGGCAGAGAGGUGACCAUGAAGGAGCUCUUCCAGUCCCUCAACCUGCACCCCUAUAACCUCACUGUGGACUCCCUGGAUGUGCACGCUGUACGUUACUCUCUUUUUUUUUUUAUGAAAAAAAAAAACUAAUUACACCAAUGCGUCAAGAACACACAUGAUUUUUUUUAUAUAGUAAACCUGGAUCAUGUACUUCGAAGCAGGAUUAUGGUCAUUGCUAACGCACCUGGGAAAAUAGAAUUCAUGAAGCCAUCUCACCACACCCAGUUAGGUGUUAGGUGAAAAUCAAAAAUACAGAGAACAUAAUUAUAGGAAAAUAAAUAAUUAUAUUAAAAAUAACCAGCAACACUCAAAAAUGACUGCAUUGGUCUUGCUGUCCUGUCCAUGAUCUUACUAUCGUUUCUGUUGUCUGUGUCGUAUCUGUAAAGGGCAGACAAACCUUCCAGCGUUUUGAUAAGUUCAACGCCAAGUACAACCCCGUGGGAGCCAGCGAGCUGCGUGACCUUUACCUGAAGACAGAGAACCACAUCAACGGAGAGUACUUUGCCACCAUCAUUAAGGUCAGUUUAAAGCAAAUAACUUAAAAGAUGAACGACUUCAGAGACAAAUAAUGAAGGUGGAACAUUUCCUGACACUCACAUCACAUUUAUGCUGAAGAUGUCCUACUGCUUCAUGUUAUCUGUUUUAGCAUCCUGCUUUUCUACUUAUUAGUUCAGCUGUCAUGCACCAAAUUUGACAUGAUGAGACUGCUUUGACCUUUUGUGUGAACCAGGAAGUAGCCAGUGAUCUUGAGGAUGCUAAGUACCAGUAUGCUGAGCCUCGUCUGUCCAUCUACGGCUGCAACCCUGCCGAGUGGACCAAACUUUCCGGCUGGUUCGUCAAGCACAGGGUCUUCUCCCCAAACCUCAAAUGGAUGAUCCAAGUCCCUAGGAUUUAGUGAGUGCUUUUUUUUUUUUUUUUUUGGUGAUACAGAUAUUUGAUUGUUUUAAGGUUUGACUAGAAGUGUAAAAGUUUCUAGGAUGUCUAAUUUGACUUAUUUUUCUAUCUCAGUGACAUCUUCAGAGGCAGGAACUUUGUGCCCCACUUUGGCAAAAUGUUGGAGAACAUUUUCCUCCCUGUGUUCCAGGCCACCAUCGACCCCAAGUCCAACCCAGACCUCAGCAUCUUCCUCAAGCAUGUGAGUUCUAAAACAAAUCUAAAAUAUAUGGUAUGAUAUAUGGUCUUAAGUUCAGUCUCUUUGCAGUCUCAAACUUGGGUUAUUGUGACAGAAUUUGGAUAAAGGUGUGGAUAUUUAAGAUAGUAAUAUAGUUGCUGUUUUAUGUCAGAGAGAGGUAGCAAAUCCUGAAAGUGCUUUUUGGACUCACUAUUUUACUUAAAAUUGGACCAGAAAGAGCAGAAAGAGCAUCAUGCUGUGAUAAAGAGGGGCAACCAUGAAAAUAUAUAGUAUACAUUAUUUAUUUACAGAAAAAUAAAUAAAUAAAAUAAACAUUUCUCAUGGAUAUUUAUACCCCUGAGUUGCAGAUUCUGACAGCUCUCCUCCAUGUUUACUCAUGUCUCUCCUGGUAUGUAGGUGACAGGUUUCGACAGUGUGGAUGAUGAGUCCAAGCACAGCGGUCACAUGUUCUCUACUAAGAGCCCCAAACCAGAGGAGUGGGACAUUGAGAAGAACCCCUCCUACACCUACUAUAUUUACUACAUGUACGCCAACAUCGCCAUGCUCAACCAGCUCCGCAGGUCAGUAACCUUUUCUCUGUACACACAGUAUUCCUGAGUAUUUGAUUUCAGAAGAGAUCAUCAAAUUUAAUCUGUUUUUGAGAAUUUUUUAUUCAUUCUCUAAAUUUAAAGUUGGUUUUCUUUUUGCAUUUAGGCAGAGGGGGAUGAACACUUUCACAUUCAGGCCUCACUGCGGUGAAGCCGGUGCCAUCACCCAUCUGCUGGCUUCCUUCAUGACCGCUGACAACAUCUCUCACGGCCUCAACCUCAAGAAGGUCAGUCCUCUAUUAAGAAACAUGAUAAGGCAUGGUUUAAAAAGCGUUGUUUGGUGCUUCAUUGUUCGAUGGUAUGAUAACAAAAAAUAUUUCUUUUGGUUAUCGUUCUUAGUGAGUCAUCUCUGAAUAUUAUCUUUUAUGACAUGCUUUUUAAAAGAACCCCUGACUAUUAUAAAAACUAAUGUCAUAGAAAUAAUUAAAGAUUUUAUGUACAAAAAAAAUGUUGUUUUUUUUUGUUUGUUUGUUUGUUUGUUUUUUGCUCCAAAUGGGUGCAUAGUGACUCAUUUAAUGUAUGCAAAAACACACAGGGGAGCUAUUUGUUAUUCUGUGCAGUUUGUGGUGCAUCAACCUUUUGCACAUACUUUUUGAAUGAGACAAUGUCUUUUCUGCAUCUGAAAAGGCUGCACAAUCCUUUUGUGAUUUGGGCCUCUAGUAAAGACAUACAAAUUUUUCCAAUGGAGAGAAAUUUGGAAGAUGAAAUAUUGAAAUAUUCCUCUCAUAUCCUCUGUAAAUCCAACGUUUUUUGUUCCCAAGAAGGAAAUAAUUCAUAAGACCAGACCUGCCCCUCCUGUUAGGAAAAUAUUACCUAUUGAUUUGUUCUCUUACCGAACACCAGAAAAGAGUUUAGAUGUUCUUGCUGGAUAUAUCUUGCUUUAACUGAUGAAAAUCAAAUAAAACUCUUUUCUUAAAGAGGCACUGGAGAAAAGAAACACAUUUCAAGCUCCACUCUCUAAAAUGUGUAUCUUAGACAGUUAAUAAGAUAUAAAGCGGCUGAGGAUGACAGUCAGAAUUACUUUUAUCUUGGAUUUUCUGUUCAACAAAUUGUACCUCACUUGGGUAAAAAUUGUGGAACUAUUGUGACAGGGAUUCAUUUUCUUAAAAUAAUGGGGUUAUAAUGAAAGAGAGAUGUUUGUACAGAUUUUCAGUAGCAGUGUCAUGUCAAGAGUGAUCUUAGAUUUAACUUCCUUUGACUAUGAUUGCAGUCAAUGCAUCAUAUUAUUGCUCUUCCUAUUCUUAUUUUAUUUACAAAACAAAAGUCAAAGAAACAGUCUCACAUGCCUGAGCCUAUUCUUUUAAACUAAUCAUAUCUAAAACCCUCCUUCCCAUCCAGAGUCCUGUGCUGCAGUACCUGUACUUCAUGGCCCAGAUCCCCAUUGCCAUGUCCCCCCUUAGCAACAACAGUCUGUUCCUGGAAUAUGCCAAGAACCCCCUGCUGGAGUUCCACCAGAAGGGCCUGAUGAUCUCUCUGUCCACCGACGACCCCAUGCAGUUCCACUACACUAAGGUCUGAGUACACAGAGAGAGGCUUUGAUGGUCAUGUACACAAUAGUGCAUUCUGUGUUGUAUAUAACCAGUAUUGUAUGAUGUUUUUAGGUAUUCUUUGUAAGCCUUUGUACCCAUGUGGUACAGGAAACUUACGUUACAGGAACAAUCAAACGGAUAAAGUAUUAGUUGCGUGAAUGAAAUACACUGUAAACAAAGCCAGGUUUGUGUGUUAUCUAUCACACUCAGAUGUCAGUACAUGACUGUACUUUUAGUAAGACUGAUACACAGAAAUAUUGACCUCUUAGCAGCUCAUUUUAAAUGUGAGUGUCCUCUUUUUUGUCUUGUCAGAGCUAUGGUAACUUGAGGUAAGAGUAAUAAUAGUAAAAAAUGUAAAUAACCUGGGAUUGUUCAUUCACAGGAACCUCUGAUGGAAGAGUACGCUAUUGCAGCUCAGGUGUUCAAGCUCAGCACCUGUGACAUGUGUGAGAUCGCCAGGAACAGUGUGCUGCAGAGCGCCCUGUCUCAUGAGGUAACAAACACCUGACAGGGGGUUGUAACCAUAGACAUAAUAUACGUAGACGCCUCAAAUCCUGACGCUGCCUACUGGAGCUCAUGUAUCAGCACGGCUGCCAUCUUGGAUUGUUCCCCAUUCGCCUCUAGUGCAUUAAGAUAGGUGGGAAUGCCCAACCAUAUUAAUAAUAACCCCCCAAAUCUCUGCCCGAUUUUCACACUGUUUGGUUUGUUACAACAGCAGGGAUGUAGCCAUCAUACAGGACAAUGUCACACAUUAAAAAUAAACCCAAUUAUUUUUAGAUCCUAUUUGUAAUAUGUAAUCCUACAUGGUUUCAAUACUGUGUCAGGUUUUUCAACCAUAAAAUGCAAAAAUACAGGCAUAGUUGCUCAUUUUCCAUUGACCCCAUUUGGCUCUAUCCAAUAUGGUGGCGACGCUGGAUUAUUCUCCAGCAUGUAAUAAGGCAUCUUCGUUUAUAAUGUCCAUGGUUGUAACAGUGUUCACAAUCAUCAACUUCCUUAUGUACCCACCAGAUUAUCAAAUUCAAGGAUUUAGAGAAUCUGGAGAAAUCUUUGCACAAAGAGGACUAGGCCAAAAACCAGUACUGCGUGGCUUUGAUAUUUGGGUGCACAGUCGGCAUUGCCAUAAAAAAAGACAUGACUCUGUAGUAAAAAUCACAGCGUGAGCUCAAAAUUACUUACAGUAUAUGACCAAAGUCUGUGAACACCUUUUGGUGCUGCAACCGCAAAUGCAGAUUAAAACUAUAUCAUGCAAAGAGGAAACUAUCUAUGAAGAUGAACCAGAAAUGCCAGCAACUUCUGUGGGACUGAGCUCAUUUUAGAAGGAAAACUGUCCUGUUUCAUUCAGACAACAGGUUUAAGUGAUUUGUGCACCAUCCAGUCCUGGUUUUGUUAAACCCUCUGAAAGACAUUCAGAUUCUGUCCUUCAAUGUGCCUUGCAUUAAAGCAGAAAUACCUCUGUGUUUCAGGAGAAGGUUCACUUCCUGGGUAAGGACUACCUGAAGGAGGGUCCAGAGGGCAAUGACAUCCGUAAAACCAAUGUGGCUCAGAUUCGUAUGGCAUACCGCUAUGAGACCAUCUGCUAUGAGCUUAACCUCAUAAAGGAGGGUGUGAAAGCUGACUAAACACUUCAAAACUCAUUUCUAACACAUCUCUGCUGUUAAAUAGGGAUUUCUCUACAAACGUUUUUCAUGGUAACUCUUAAUAAAUUAAUCUUGAAAAAAAGACCUUCAAUUACACUGAUGUUCUUUCCUGUGAAGGAUAAAACUUUUUAUAUCUUCACUGUUUACUUUGUGCACUAUUUGUAUUUGCAACAAAUAGAAAAAACAUCAUGUAAAAGAAUGAAAAGAAAUAAAGGGAAAAAUAA